AUGAUUGACAGAGUCAUGAAGCGCCUGACUACUGAGGAAUCACUAGCGGAGGCCAGACCCGUAAUGCGACCUGCAGUAGUGGCGGAUACCCCUCAAUCCUUCUUUCAUGGGGAUGGAUUACAGAACAGCGGAAAUGGACAUAUCACAGUGGGACGGGAUGUGAACAUAGGUAUGGUAUUACCUAUUUCAACAAACUUUGCUGAUGGACUGCUAGGUAAUUGGAAGGAGGAGCGCUUGGACUGCCAGCGCGACCUUUUCGUAACAGAUCCGCUUGAUGACAAGAAAGCAUUAAAACGCAAGAAAGGAGGCCAAGCUCCUGGAACAUGCUCCUGGAUACUCCGUACGGAAGAUCUUACUGCCUGGCUUGGUUCUGGACCGACGGUUGGCCCUGAGAGACAAGCGGCCCAGGUCCUUUGGCUCUACGGGAACCCAGGGACUGGGAAAUCAAUUAUGGCCAUAUACCUCAUAGAGGAGCUGCCAGAAACUUUCCCCAACAAGGACGGGGAAACGCUAGUCUACUUUUUCUGUGACUCUGGCUUCGAGACACGGAGGACCGCGACCUCGGUUAUCAGAGGGCUUCUUCACCAGCUCAUUAGGCAGCACCAGCAGCUUCUUGAUUACCUCAUGCCAGAAUAUCAUGCGCGCGGGAAAGAGCUAUUCAAGUCGUUUGACGCUCUCUGGGACAUAUUCAUGGCUAUGGUGGCGGAUCAGAGCAUGGGUCGAACAUAUUGCAUCAUUGACGCGCUGGAUGAAUGCGAUCGAGAAUCGCAACAGACCCUAUUGCAACAGCUUGAAGAAAAAUUUCAGAGCCGAAAUGUCUCGUCCAAUGUCCGCAUAAUGAUCACCAGUAGGCCAUAUUCCGAGAUACGCGAAAGCUUGCAGAUGUUCCCAAAUAAGGAUUUGGCUUCUUUCCCCGAGAGACAGAAGGACAUAGAUCUAUGCAUCAGUGAAAGAUUGAAAUACAUCGCCGAACGGAAACGCUACAGCUACAAGGUCAAUGUGCAAGUCCGCAAUAUUCUCAGAGACAAAGCCGAAGGUACUUUCCUCUGGAUUGGCUUAGCGUGUGACGAGCUGAAGGAUAUCCCUUCAAACCGCGCCAUCCAAUUUUUACAAGGCAUACCUAAGGGUCUUGAUGCGCUUUAUAGGAAGCUUCUCAACAUGGUCAUUGAACAGAAUGAGACCAGUGGCGAUGAUAUCCAACGCCUCCUGAGCUGUGUGGCUGUAUGUUCUCGACCACUGACAGUGUCGGAGCUCUCUGAAGCAUGCCAACUGCACCAAGAGGAAGAGGACGUUGAGACAAGGAUCCAGUUCACACACGACCACAUCGAGUCUUGCCGCUUGUUGAUCAUCAUCCAGGACGAAAAGCACGAAUCAACCGCAUACUGGUUUCUCAUAUUAUGCAAGCCUAGAAUGGGCUAA